GGAUUUUAAAAACAGAAACCACAGAAAUCUUUGAUUUUGCAUUGGAAGACAAUAACAUUGGAUUAACAUGAUAAGCAUGAACCUUAAUUAAUGGCUCACACAAAAUAACUCGCUCGCUUUACUCGACCUAAUUUGCCUAUUAUAAUACAAUUCCCACAUCCCCAUUUGUCACAUUUCCAUCAGUUAAUGGGGGAUCUUGGCACUUCACCCUCUCAUAAAUCUGCCACUCGAUGCCAAAUCAACCCAAAUCCCAUCUUUAAUUUCUCUCUUCUUAAAUCUCUAUCAGAAUUGCUAGUGUCUUUGCUCGAAGUUGGUUAAAAGCAUUCACUUUCUGCGAUCGAGGUCCUCAAUACGAUACUCCCAUUCUCCAGUUUGUAUCGAACUUGGGGUACCACAGCCAUAGCCAAAAUGAGUAGUUCUAGGAGCAGCAGCACCAGCAAUGGAGGUGGACCGUGUGAAUUUGCAUUGCAGGUGGUGAAAGGAAGAUGGUUCACGGUUUUUGCAUCUUUUCUGAUCAUGGCAGGAGCUGGUGCCACCUAUCUCUUUGGUGUAUAUUCCAAAGACAUCAAGUCCACUCUUGGAUACGACCAAACUACCCUCAACAUGCUAGGCUUCUUCAAGGACCUUGGUGCAAAUGUUGGUGUCCUCUCAGGGCUAAUUGGUGAGAUAACCCCUACCUGGUUUGUCCUUCUACUAGGAUCAGGCCUGAAUUUUGUUGGGUAUUUCAUGAUUUACCUUGCUAUCACUGAAAAAAUUGCAAAACCUAAAGUUUGGCAGAUGUGCCUUUACAUUUGCGUUGGAGCCAAUUCUCAAAAUUUUGUAAACACCGGAGCUCUUGUCACUUGUGUAAAAAAUUUCCCAGAAAGUAGAGGUGUAAUGCUUGGUCUGUUAAAAGGUUUUACUGGGCUCAGUGGAGCUAUUUUUACCCAGCUUUACCUUGCCAUUUACCCUAAUGACUCAAAAUCAUUGAUUCUUUUAAUUGGGUGGCUGCCUGCUGCACUAUCAGUAGUUUUUGUUUACACCAUUAGGCCAAUGCAAGUGGUUAGGCAGAAAAAUGAGAUAAGGGUUUUUUACCACUUCCUCUACAUCUCAAUCUCCCUUGCAUUGUUCAUCAUGGCUAUUAGUUUGAUUCAAAGGAAGGUUGCUUUCUCCCAAGCUGCCUAUGCUGGAACUGCUACCGUUGUUUGCCUGUUUAUGUUUAUCCCUCUCGGGGUUGCCAUUCGAGAAGAGCUAGUCCUCUGGAACCUCAAGAAAAAAACAGUUGAUCCACGGACUGAGAUCGCUGUUGAAAAGCCGAGCGAAAUCCAAGAAGUUAAGGAUGAUUUGGAUCCGGCGUCAAGUUCCUCAGCUGUGCAAGAUCAAAACAAAAAGAGCACAUCUUGUUGCGGCGACAUAUGCAAAAAACCAACAAGAGGUGAAGAUUAUACAAUUUUACAAGCACUUUUAAGUACGGACAUGAUUAUUUUGUUCAUUGCAACAUUUUGUGGACUUGGAUCAAGUUUGACAGCAAUUGACAAUUUAGGGCAGAUUGGUGAGGCAUUAGGAUAUCCAACCAAAACAAUAAGCACAUUUGUUUCUUUAGUGAGCAUUUGGAACUAUUUUGGUAGGGUUUUCUCUGGGUUUGUCUCAGAAACCCUAAUGGGGAAGUGGAAAGUCCCUAGAACACUCAUGAUGACCAUCAUGCUUGUUCUAUCAUCCAUUUCCUACCUCUCCAUCGCCUUCCCAUUCCGGGGUUCGGUCUACGUGGCAUCGGUGGUAAUCGGAGUCUCUUUCGGCGCUCAACUGACAUUGCUUUUCACAAUUAUUUCCGAGCUCUUUGGCCUGAAAUACUAUGCUACAUUGUUCAAUUGUGGGCAGCUUGCAAGUCCCCUUGGGUCCUAUAUUCUCAAUGUGAAGGUGACCGGGAUGCUCUAUGAUAGAGAGGCACUGAAGCAGCUAGCAAAGAAAGGGCUGACGAAGGCGUCGGUGAAGGAGCUUACUUGCCUUGGAAGUCAAUGCUAUAGGCUGUCUUUCUGUAUUCUGGCUGGUAUCACAUUCUUUGGUGCUCUUGUUUCACUGAUUCUAGUGGUAAGGACUAGAGAGUUCUACAAAGGUGAUAUUUAUAAGAAGUAUAGAGAGCCUGCAUAGAUUUCUGCUUGGUUUAAUUCUCACCGGGUCAAAAACUUGAAAUCUAACAGCAUCUGGGAGGGCACUCUCUAUAUUAUUAUUGUUAUGAUUAUAUUUUCUUUUUCAAUAGAUUUCAGCUAAAUUAGCUAGAUAGAAAGUCUUUUUAUUAUCUAACCCUUUUUGAAGUGGCUGGUCCAAACCAUGCUCCUUAUCUUUAACCAGUCAUGAAUUUCUUUUGUGGCUUAAUUUUUGGUUGAAGAAUUGCUUGUGAUUUCGAGGUUCAUGAUCCCAAAUAUUAAUGUCGUCCUGAAUGGAGUGGCUAUAUUAGUGACAGUGUUAUUCUUAAUCUAUAAAGCACGGAUAUAGAGUAGGAGGGGGAUUUGGGAGUAUGGAAACUCAAAGAAUCUCAAUUUAGGAAUGUGACUUGAUCGGUGCUUCAUAAUUCGCAAUGCUUUGCUUAAAACAAAGGAAAUAAAACUUGUUAGAAAAUAUUAAAAAUUGCAUAUGAAGUCACCCUAUCUAAUAUCCACUCUUUGUCUCCACGUUUAGGGAGCUCAAAACCAUUUCUCCAAAGAGGGAUUUUCCUUGAACAUGCUCCAAUGUAUCAUGAUCAAAUAUUCGACAUAAAUAAAUAAAAAUCUUAUGCUAUAAUACAAGAGGGUUAGUACUAUAAAUUGGCUUGAAACAGUUCGAGCUUGCACCGAGGUCAGCUUGUGUUUGGCUUGUUGAAGCUCGAUUGACUCGUGAAAGAACCAAGUCAAGCCUAGUUUGGUUCAAUUAGAAAAUAAGCCCAGUUUGAACAUUAGUAUGUUCAACUCGUAAAGCUCAUGAGUAGCUUGAAUUUUUAGAGGGAAUUAAUGACUCUACUAUUAUCUUCCAUUGGGUUUCAUCCAUACAAAAAAUUAUAAAAAAUAAAAAAAAAGUUUAUAUUUUACAUCUUAAAUCAAUGUGUUUAAAUUUUUUAUGUUGCAUUGCUUAUAUUUCAAUUUUCAUAUACUAUAAUUUUUCCGAGAUUAACACGGAAAGGCGGAACUAAUACCUUGUAUAAGCACUUUCCCAUCAGCACGAGCUUCUUUUCGUAGUCAACACAGGGAAGAGGAAAGCUAAAUUCAGUCGCACAUUAACACGGAAAGGCGGAACUAAUAUCUUGUUUUUAAUCUUUGUCAUCCUUGUUCUAUUCUUAAUGUCAACUUGCUAUAAAUAAAUGGCCUAGCCAGCUAACCCUAUUGGUUAACUGAAAGAAGGGACCUGACCAAAUGCAUCGUAGAGAUCAGGAAAGCAUUUGUGUGUGUCGCUUUGCGCUUGACGAAGAUGCUGCUACUUUAAGUCAGUUCCAUUUUGUCCGUCAGGAAUUACAAAUGAUUCAAGGGACCUGUCUAUUGAUAACUUCCGGUCCACUACCUUUCCCAUUUUAAAACGCUUUGGAGUUCCCUCAGAAGGGUUGGAGCUGGAAAUAAAGAGUCGUGGAUGCGCUCCUAAAGGUGGCGGUGAAGUUGUUUUGGCAAUCCCAGUUGUUCGAAGUCUGACAGUGAGUUUUUGAGACUUAUGAGGGGAUGGUCAAGAGGAUUAGAGGGGUGACAUUCUCAACGAGAGUGUCUGUAGUCUGUACAGUUUGAAAAUACUAUGGUGCAUGCCGCUCGUGAACUCUUUAAUCCCUUCCUUCCAGAUGUUCACAUAUUUACCGACCAUAGAGAUGGCCAACAAGCUGGAGAGUUUAUCUUCAAUCUAGAUAUUAUUAUAAUUUUACGAGAAAACAAUGACUUUAUGGCAGGUCAUCUGGUUAUGGAAUUUCACUAGUUGCAGAAACCACCUCCGGGUGCUAUAUCUCUGCGGAUACAACUAUUUCUUAUGCACAAGGGGGACAAAUAGAUGAACUUGACUAUGAGAAGAAAUAGCUGAUGCCUCCGGAGGAUGUUGGUAUGAAAAUUGCUUCUGUUCUGCUUGAGGAGAUUGGGCAGGGUGGAGUGGUAGAUUCAAAUCACCAGGGCAGCUUCUGCUUGUUUCAUCUUUCUGCAUUAUGUCCACAAGAUGUUCAAAAGUUCAGGUCGAAAAGUUCUCUCUUUAUGGGAUAGAAACAUUCAGAAACAUCAACGAUUUUCUGUGAGUUAAAUUUGCCAGUACGCCAUGCACAUCAACAAGUAUUGUGAUACUCAAGUGUGCGGGCUGCGCGUUGAACAACCUAUGUAGAAAGAUCUCUUGAUAGUCAUAACUGAUAUAUGAUUUUUGUAUAUCAAGCGGCAUAUUUCUUU